AUGGUUAAUACUGAUUUUGAAAGAAUUUUUCUAAACCAAUCAAGAGCAAGCGGUCGUUUGCGUAUAGCAGACUCGGGUCUUGGUUGGAAAGCUACUAAUAACCCAACAAGUAAUGGUUCAACAUCAAAUCAACAACCAUUUUUAUUACCAAGAGAAGAAAUAAUAGUGGCAACUUGGUCUCGAGGUUCAAAAGGAUAUGAACUAAGAAUUCAAACUAAAAAUAAAGGAGUUGUAAUUUUAGAUGGAUUUCAUGUUGAUGAUUUUGCACAAUUAAAACAAGAAUUAACUAGAAAUUUUCAUAUAAAUUUAGAACAUAAAGAACAUUCAUUAAGAGGUUGGAAUUGGGGUAAGACUGAUUUAGCAAGAAAUGAGUUAAUAUUUAAUGUAAAUAACAAACCAUCUUUUGAAAUUCCUUAUGAUUCUAUUUCAAAUUCAAAUUUAACUGGUAAAAACGAAGUAGCCGUUGAAUUCAAUCUUGAUGGAGGUAAAGAUAAACUUGGAGAUGAAGUAGUUGAGAUGAGAUUUUAUGUUCCUGGAACAACAAUGGAUCUAGAAACAAAAAUCAUUAAAAAUGAAGAUGGUGAAGAAGAAGAAAUUGUUGAAACCAACCCUGAUUCUGAACAAAAUGCAGCACAAGUGUUUUAUGAACAAUUGAAAGAUAAAGCAGAUAUUGGACAAAUUGCUGGUGAAGCAAUUGUUUCUUUCAGUGAUGCAUUAUUCCUAACACCAAGAGGACGUUAUGAUAUUGAUAUGUAUUCUAAUUCUUUAAGAUUAAGAGGUAAAACAUAUGAUUAUAAAAUACAAUAUGAACAGAUUGAACGUAUAUUUUCAUUACCUAAACCGGAUGAAGUUCAUCAUUUAAUGAUAAUACAAAUUGAUCCACCAUUAAGACAAGGUCAAACAAGAUAUCCAUUUUUAGUAUUACAAUUUGUAAGAGAUGAAGAAACUGAAUUAGAAUUAAAUUUAAGUGAUGAAGAAUUUGAAGAAAAAUAUAAAAAUAGAUUAAAAAAAUCAUAUGAUGCUCCAACUCAUAUAGUGAUGGCUCAUUGUCUACGUGGAUUAACUGAAAAAAGAUUAAUUACUCCAGGAUCUUUCCAAUCUAGAUUUUUACAACCAGGUAUAACAUGUUCUGUAAAAGCUUCAGAAGGUUAUUUAUUUCCUUUAGAAAGAUGUUUCCUAUUUGUCACAAAACCAACGUUAUACAUUCCAUAUAGUGAAAUAAGUAAUAUAGUAAUGUCAAGAACAGGUGGAGGUGUUUCAGCUUCAAGAACAUUUGAUUUAGAAAUUAAUAUUGUAAAUUCAAAUCAAAAACAUAUUUUUGGAAGUAUAGAUAGAGAAGAACAAGAAAAUAUUGAAAGAUUUUGUAAAGAAAAAAAUAUUAGAGUUAAAAAUGAAGAAAAAAUUGCAAAACAAAGAUUAGCUAAAGCAUUAGAACAAGAAGCAGAUAUGGAUGAUGAUGAUGGAGAUGUUGAUAUGGGAAGUGCUGGAGAUGAUGAUGAAGAUGAAGAUAAUGAUUUUCAAUCUGAUUCUGAUUCAGAUGUUGCUGAAGAAUUUGAUAGUGAUGCUCAAGAUUCAAGUGGAGAUGAUGAAGGAGGAGAAAAUGAUAAUAAUGGACCACCAACUAAAAAAGCAAAAAAUUAA